GAAGAAUUUUAUAAUUAGUAUUUACAAAAUUUUAUUUGGCGUUGAUUUCCGAUUAAUGUUGAAGGAGUUGUACGUUCCUCUUGGGCAGAUGCCUUGUACUUGGUUUUAUCGAUUGUACAAGUUCGGUUUAAUCUCCGGUGUCAUCCAUCCUGUAGUUCUUGAGUUGAAUUGUUUUCCUUCGGGCUUGGGGAUUAACUUUCGUACUCAUGUCUGAUGUUUGAUGUGGAGCAAUGUUUUGAGGUUUCUUACAGAUUUGUGUUGCCCAUCAGGUGGCUCUUAGUUUGCGUCUUAAUGAGGCAGAAUUUGACUUUGUAAUAUCUUUACCGGCGUGUUUUUCCACCGAUAAACAAGCGGGCAUCAUCUCGAUAAUUACUCUCUUGUUGCCCGUGGUUGGUGUUCGGUCUUCGUCACCAAAGCGACAAGCCAACGCCCUGUUUGUUGAAUACGAGUGCGUCACUAGAAGAUUAUCCUUUUGGAUAAUUCGACCCGUGAGGACAAGCCAGUCGAAAUUUUAAGUUAAUAAUUAGGCAAUGUCGCGUCGUUUGGGGAAUCAGGACGUUCAUUAAAGUGUUUACGAGAACCAAUCACAGUCUGUGCGUUGUGGCUCUUGUAUUAUAUGCCAAAAGAUUGCCCUGAUGACGGAGGCAGGAAGGACCUCCGAAACGGUGGAAAUCUACACGGCGCACUAACUCGGAAGACAACUAUCAUCAGACUCACCGCUGUGAAAACUUCAAAUCCUACGUUAAAUGUCAAAGUUUUAUCUAAACCUGUUGAAGGAAUCAGAAGAUACGCGCGAAGUAUUGGACUCGCCGAAAAUUAAAUGAACGCGUUUUGGACCAAAUUUGGCGGUUCUUGCUUGCCUUUGCGUUGGACUUUGGACCUAAAUGUGCGGACGCACGUAGUCAAAUGGAAAUCCGCCGUGCAAGGCCGAUGUGAUUAGAUACUUUAGUGGCUUUUGUGGGAUCUGCUUGUGAAGACGCGCGGAUCCUACAGAAGUUUUCUGGCGAGCCAUUGCGAAAAGGAGCGAGAAAACCAUUUCUGUGGAUGUGAGUUUCCAGUCACGACGUUUUUGAAGUUUGCCGAUCGAUGGCAGUGCCCGCGGGGCUCUGGGUUCAGAUCCCGCGACGUCUGUUGCAUUACGUUGCAGCAGAAUGCACUUCCCGCGGUUGUCAGCCAGUGGUUCGCGCGACUCGCCAAGACAAUUGAUAAUGGCGUAUUGUCACUUUCUGGUUGUGCGGUUCUUAACAGUUUUUUUUUCCAGUUGUUGACGAAAUUUCGAAGUGAUCUUGUGCUGUUUUCCUCUGACGUCGUCUUGCGGAUGUUUGUUAGCAAGUGAGCGAGCUAGAACGCCUUAAAAGAGUCCGUACUCAGCGUCGAGUGUCUGGUCGUUAUCAGCCUGUGAUAUUAGGCUACCUGCUUUAUUAAAGAAUGCUGUAAUUCCGGUGUAAUCUUCAGGGGACGAAAGGUCGUCACGUGACAGUCAUCGUGUGAGGUUUUAGUAUCAUUUCGUGUGUGACGAGUAGGGAGCUCAUUAUCGAGAGCGCUGAAGGGUCCAUGACGUCGGUGGGUGCCUUGUCAUCUGUGCGUGAUUCUGUAAGCCUUUUUCCGGCAAUCGAAAUUGUGAGCGGGCAGAACCACUUGGGGUGCUCAUUUGAAAGCUGAUGCUGCACUAAUGUCGGGAAUUAUAACUUUUUGGCAUGAUCGUUCACGCCUUAGUGUGGACAUUUGAUUUUGGUCACUGCGCUGGAAGAAAGAAAAUUUGUUAAAAUCUGACACAAUGGCUCCCACACUGGAUGGCUUGGAGGAAGCCAUUGAAAAGGUUGGAGAAGGAGGGAAAUGGGUAUGGAUAAUGUUCUUGUUGGUGAGCUCGCCGGGCGUGUUCAACAUCUGGCACCUUACGGCAUACGUAUUCUUGGGACAAGCAUUGCCUCAUUGGUGCGCAGUGCCAGAGCUGGAAGCUGCGCACUGGGCGUCAGAGCAGAUUAGAAACAUCAGCAGCCCCGGUGGCAUCUCCAGAGACAGCUGUGAAAUGUUCAAUUGGAAUUACACGCAUUUGGCAGCGUUACGAUAUGAGGAAGCGUUAAGUUUCACUAGCAGUGCUGAGUAUCCUGGUCAAUAUGAGUGUGACAGCUGGUCCUAUGAAGGGAGUGGGAUUGUCUCAGAGUGGGACCUAGUGUGCAGUCGGACUCCCCUCAGAUCUACAGUACAGAUGGCCGUAGCUCUUGGCAAAUUCCUAGGAGCUUUGAUCUUCGGUUUUGUUGCUGACAAGUGGGGUCGUAAGAGAAGCCUCACUAUAUCCUGUGUCAUGUACAUCGUAGCUGGUCCAGUGGCAGCAUUUUCACCGCACUACCUCGUCUUUUGUUUUGCCCGUCUUGCGCUUGGCAUGGCCGGAUCAGGGACAUUCAAUUGCGGCUUCACUCUUUUAACAGAGUUUAUCGCAAAGAAGCACCGCACUCUGCUUGGCAUUCUGUACAACAUGCCGUACCCUGUGGGAAUGAUGCUGUUGCCACUGAUUGCCCUGUACAUCGAGAACUGGCGCAUGCUGCAGUUGGCGCUGUCUGUGCCGACCGUCGUCCUCGUCUUACACAUCUGGUUCCUACCAGAGUCGCCGCGGUGGCUUGUAUCCCAAGGCCGGCAUAAAGAAGCAUGGGAAGUUGUACAAAGAUUUAGCAAGAAAUCAGAAAUGCUGAAAGCCUCUAUGUCCGUUGUUCAGGACAAUUCCAUAGAAAAAGGAGAUUCUGCGAAGGACCUGCCUGUUGCUGCUGAGCAUGCCUCAUGGUACAAACAGGUUAUAGCUUCUCUAAAGAAGUUGUUAGCGAUCUUUGCCAAUGCUGAACUGAGAAAGCGACUUCUUAUCUGUCACUUUGCGUGGUGUGUAACGGCUAUGACAUACUAUGCUCUUGCACUCAAUGCUGAUAACUUCACUGCUGAUAGAUUUGUAUAUGUGGCAGUUGCUGGGGCAGUAGAGGCUGUGAGUUAUGUCCUACCCAUCCCAAUGUUGAGAUGGACAGGCCGACGGACGACAUCAGUAGUGCUGUAUGUGGUAUCUGGAGCAGCUCUUUUGUCUAUUCUCAGCAUACCAGAAGGUAUGACGGACACCAUCAUGAGUGUGGCUAUGCUUGGGCGUCUCUGUAUAGGAGCAGUAUAUUCUGUUAUCAUUCUGCAGACUUCAGAACUGUUUCCAACUGUCAACAGAAACACAGCUGUUGGAACCAGCUCAACAAUGUCCCAUCUGGGCUCCUUAUCAGCGCCUUAUAUUGUUGACAUCCUGGGCGCACAAGCGUGGUAUAUACCGAGCACAAUCUGUGGUGCAGCAGUACUUGCUGCAGGGCUGCUGGUCCUCAUGUUACCAGAAACCAAAGACAUGGAACUGUGCGACACUGUCGAGGAAACGAUGGAGAGAGGGUCUAGAGACAGGGUUUCUUUGCGGAAUUGUUGCCCAUUUUGAUUAGUUCAUUAUGUUACAAUAUUUUAUAUAGUAUUAGGAAAGACUGGUAAAGAAAUUUUAGUAGUUUUAUUCCUAUUAAAAUUUCUGUCUUUAAAUCAGGUUUUAGUAUAGUAUUUUAAAAGUUGUAUUAUUGCUGCUUCAGAGUAGCACUUUGUAAUAUUUUUCUCAAGAAAUUAUAUUUAGCUUACAUACAUGAAUGUUGUGUAACUCGCUCAAGGGCUCUUAAGCUUCGUGAUUUUAAUUAUUUAGAAAACACCUCUCAUAUUGCAUGUAUGUGGCAACUUCAGAUGGUUCUAGCAAGGGAACCUGCACGUAAACUUGUGCAAAACAUUUCUGGAAAUACGUGUGACCUGCAAAGUGAUCUCAAGUGCCGUUGCAGCUCAUCAGCCAGUCAUUUGCAGACAGAGGUUAAGAUUGCACAUGAUUUAAGAUGAGAACAGUACAAUGGGUAAGGAAGGACUACAGUAAGCAGCUUACAGACAUCUUGUUCACAGAAGGACCCUCAGGUGUACGACUGUAAUGCAAGAUGCACUGCCAAGUUAACUUAUGACUUUUGGUUGUGACUGUUACUCUCAUUUACUUUGUGGAUCAAACGGGAAACAUUGGCUAUGUCACCUGAGAUGACCUUUUGGAGAAAGCUGUGAAUGCUCUUUCAGUUCACCAAUGAUACUGCAUCAGCAUCCUUGAUUCAGUGUGUUGGGAUAGAUGGUGCUGUGAGAGUGGUGUGGUAGCUGUCAACCAAAGUUCCAACAUUUUGUUAUACCAAAUGUACUUUAGCAUAUUUUGCUGACUUACAUGUUUAUUACUUUGUCCCGUGAAAGCUCUCUGCAGUCUACUGAUCUUUCAUUAUACAUGACUGAUUACUUAUUGCUGGUUUCUUAGCAAUUUUAAAAUUUACUUCCAUUGGCCUGCCAUGUUAAUGCAUGCAGUCACCAGAUUUUUCAAUGUUAUCCUUCCUGCGCUUGAAUGAACCUUGUAAAAGAAAUAUAAAAAAUACCAGCUGUCCUUAAAGUU